AUGUUUUUAAAAGAUCUAAUACCAUACGCAAGAUUGGAUACUUUCAAAGAGGAAUUGCUGAAACAGCGUAGUUUAGUGAAUUUGGGCGUAAUCACGUGGAUCGUCGGAAUGCUGCUCAUGUGCAUUAUAUUUAUGUCCCUGAUGAUAGUGAAGGUCGCAUCCACAGCCGAAUAUUAUCAGAAUCAAACCGCAGCUCUGCGCACACGUAACAUACAGAGCUACAAUCCAACAAGCGCUGACACCACACUGCCCACCGUGAUUCAGAUUGAUGGGCAAGAAGUGCAGCUGCGCACAGAGUUGCCAAGCACCCAUGCGGUCCAGCCGCGUACGAGACCGUUGAGGACACCGAAUCACAUUAAAAUCGAGGCACUGGAGGAGAUGCGCGCACAAGCACAUUUACAACAGCAACAACAAUUGCAGCAAUACCAACAACAACAUCACGAACAAGCCACCCAACAACAUCAACAAUAUGAGCAAGAGGAAAAGUUGCAUGCGAGCGAUGGCGCUGAAACGGCGUACUUACUAGAGCGUGCCGAUAUUGGUGUUGGAGGAGAGGGCGUCGCAGCAGGCGGAGGUGCUGGUGGCGGCGGUGGUAGCAGCAGCUCUAUGUACGAACAACCGAUUUAUGGAACAUGGCGCACGAAAGCGAGACGACCUCAACCGCCACCGUUCGUUGGAGCUGGCGCUGGCGGCGCUGAUGGUGGGGUGGGCAGUUUCGGUGGCACCACAUACAAUUUGGGCGGUGAAGAGCAGCGACUCAGCGGCAUUGAUAGUGAUUUUCAGCCAAGCGCAAAUAAUGCACAAACACGUCAGCGGCAAUCAUUGCAUCUUUAUGAACAAUUGCCACGGCGCUCGUCGACAAUGACUCCGGUGCGAAGUGAACUGCGUGAUCAAAUACCACGUCCCCCGCGUCUAACAUCACGACAACCGUCGAUGCUGCUUAAUAGGCGACAAUAUAUGGAUAUACCACUGAAUGCGACAUUUAGAGAGGAGGAGAAGCCGAAACCCUUUCACUUUCCGCACGAUGGUCCACUGCCGCAGGAGUUUAAGAAGACAGAGGAGCAACGCGGAGAUGUGCGGAAUAUUCAAGACAUAUUGCAGCAAUUACAUUUGGGUAGUGGACCAAGUAAAGUGCCGCCAUUGGUAAUGAUGCCCACGGGCUUACAUAUUGCCGGAUCGUUGAAGAAUCUGAAAUCCAGCGGAAUUGCCAAUUUCUUUCGUGGCAAGCGACAUAAAAAACAAAUGCAGUUAUCCAUACCCAUGCCGAUACCGAUGAAUAUGCAAAUGCAAAUGUUGAAGCCCUACCCAGCGCCUGUAAUGAAUAUGAUGCCACAGGCAGCCUACCAACAACGUAUAGCUAUGGACCAGAUUUACCCCUUUAAACCACGCUCGCCGAAUGAAAUCAAUCUGCUGGCUCUGCAGUUACAGAGUAAUCUUUCAAAAAAUAAGAAGAAGAACAAGCAAAAGCAGACUAAUCUCGGCACCAAUAUGAUGCUCCAGCAGUUCAGCCAUCAACGUCCAUACACCACAGACCCGUACAUGGCGAGCUAUCACCCUUUGUUGGAGAUGAGCGAGGCACAGCGUGCGAAAAUGACCCGUGUACCUUUGAAAGUGAACCUCGACAUUUAUCCAGUGUUCCCACCUUCGAAAGAUCUGAAACCAUCUGCUUUGACCUACGAUGAAUUCAAAAUAUCUUCAUCAACACGUAGACCGCAAGUAGGGCGUAAUCCCUUUCUUGACUACUACCCAAUACAAAUGAUUCCAUCCACUGCUGCCUAUGGUUUCAACCACGCAUAUGAACAACCUUCGUCGUUUGCACCCUUCAGGUUUCCAUCAUCCGCCCAACCUCACCUACAACCUCACAUACCACAACCGAAUAAUAUGCACAUUACCUUCCCCGAUCAAAUUUCAAAGUCUCAGUUCCAGACUCCGUUCAUGCCGCUAGAUAUAUCGCCACAUAUGACCGGCGCCACCGGUGUAAGUGCAAGCGGUCCGACGGGCAGCUCUAAAGCAAAUCAAAAUCAAAUAAUGGUUCAUCUGAACCUCUUUCCCAAACAGAAACAGAAGGCACUACCAGCACCAACGUCAAAUAAUCCUUUUUAUAAUCCACAUCAAAAUAAUAUAAAUCGUCACAUAAUAAUCGAAGAAAGAGAGUCGCUCUCGCCGAUUGAGCCGCGUCAUCAGUCGCAAAAUUCCAACUCAACUAAUUCGCCGGAGCAGCCGGUCUCUCGAAGCGACAGCUCGGAGCCGGAAGGUUUGGUGGAUUUCGAACAUCCAAUAGUGGCCGCGGACGUCACAGAUCAGCCUCACGCGGAAGCUUUGGUGAGUAACAAAUUGGAUGUGGCAGAUAACGCCACACAUUAUGAUCGCAUAGGGGCUCACAGUAGCUUCCAACGGUAUAACGACUCAGCGAACGUCGAUCAGAUGGCGUCGGAAGCACAAGCCGCCUCACUCUUUCGUUUUCCAGUUGAGGACUUGAUCAAAUUUCAAGUCGACGAUGCGUUGUAG